AUGACAAUUAAUGACAUUCCAGGAAACACAUUUAGAAUACUUCAUGAAUACAUUUAUACUGGUCGAAUACGUUACAGUGCUCUAGAGGGAACAGAUGUUUCUGAAUUACUUCGUGCUUCAGAUUUAUUGGGUUUUCCAAACAUAAAAUAUUCACUACCCCAAGUGGAAAACAUUAAAAAAAACAGUAAGAUGGAAAUUAACCAUGCGGAAUUCUUGAUCAAGGACAUAAGCAACCUAUAUCUAAGCAUCGAAUUUUCAGAUGUUCUUUUGGAAGUAGAAGGAGAAAAAAUAAACGCCCAUCGUGUUGUUUUAGCCGCACGCUGUGAAUAUUUUAGGAGAGCAUUUUCUGGAUUCCUUGUAGAAGCCAAUCAGUCUGUGAUGACCAUUAAUGAAGUCCCAGGUAAUGCUGUUUUCGAACUAAUACGUAUUGCAGAUUUAUUGCUCAUUUUAGAAUUAAAAUAUACACUAUGCGUGUAUUUGGAAACGGUAAUAGAAGUAUGCAAUGAUGCUCUUCUAGAAAUUCUCAACAGCGACUCGUUUUAUGCCAACGAAUUAGUUAUAUUCCGCGCGGUUUGUCGCUGGAUCAAAAAGAACCAAAACAAUCUCGAUCCCGAAACUAAAAUCCAAAUUUUAUCCGCCGUCAGAUAUCCGUUAAUGAACAACGAAGAACUUUCCGAGGCCAGGAAUACACUGGGUAGUAAACUUGCAGAUGCCGUGCAAUGUAGAAACAAGAGUUCAUCAGAUAAGCCUAAAUUUCGAGGACAGCUAAAUAACAACCUGAAUCUUGUUGAACUGUCUCAGAUUUUUACAGAUACCAAUGAAAUUAACGGCAGUGCCACUGUGAUGGAGUUGAAUACUCUAUCAUUUAUAAACUAUAUUGAAAUAAUAUUAGGGGAUGUUAACGGAAGUGACAUUAAACCAAAGUUUUAUUCGUAUUACAUUGAAGUUUCAAUAGAUGAGAGCGAAUGGACACUUGUUAUAGAUCAUUCGAAUUACAAUUGUCGAUCAAUUCAACAGCUGUGGAUUGAACCACAAGUAGUUCGGUAUAUACGCAUUGUUGGAGCCAACAGUACUGCUAAUGCGAGUUUUGUAAUUUUGAACGUCAAUUACAAUACAACAGGAAUGGAAAUGGUAAAAAUUAAAAACGGACUAGUCGUUCCUAAUGACAAUUUUAAUGUCGCUUCAAAAUCUAACUAUGCAACUGUAAUCGAAGGCGAAAAUAGUGUUAAUAACAGAUCGCUAUUAGAUAAGUACAUUGAAAACCCGCAUAGACAUGCCAAAUACACAUUUCAUCGGCUGGGAACCGGUUCCAUAGUGGUCCAUCUUGCACAACCAUAUAUCCUUAGUUCAAUGAGGUUGCUGCUCUGGGGUGAAAAUGAUCAAUCCUACGGUUAUACUGUUGAAGUUUCUCUCGAUAAUGAGGAAUGGGCAAAGAUUGCAGACAGAACUGAGAAGCUGACACGAUCUUGGCAGUUGUUGGAAUUUGAUUCCACGCCGAUGCACAUGAAACAUGCUUUAGCCUUGGCCCUUCAGCCUGAAAACGACACUAAAUUGCGAUACUAA